UAUAAAAUUACAUUUUGUUAACAUUUCUUAAUCAUUGAAAUGAAGAAGUUGAAUAAGCCAUGUACUUGUAUAUCAUAUUGAAAUUUUAAUGCAUUAAUAAAAGUAAAAAAUAAAAAAAAUUCAAUGAAAACUGAACACGACUCUUAAAAGGCUUGUCCCCAUAUUUAUCUUUGCUCCCCCUUUUCUUCAGCCCCUAUUAUAAGCCCCUAAAUUCUUCAUGGUUCCAAGUAUUUCAGUGUAUGGUUAUGACCUGUGUGGACGUACAUCUUACAUAGCCAUUGUUACUCCGUUUCAAUAAAUUAUCAAAUGUGUGCGACUAUACCACUUCAGGAGAAAAAGUAACAGCAAUAGCACAGGUCAAUGCAAUACAAACAAACACAAAAUGCACGUAACAUAGCGAAAUAAAAUGUAAACAUUAUAGACAUAAUGUAAGAAAUACUACAUGUCAGCCAGGAGUUCCAGGUGUGCAAUCAGGUAAAACAAAUGAGAAAGGUAUAAUUAUAUACCCUUGUGGUGAUAUUGGAGAUAGGGAAACUAAUAUGGCAUAUAGCUAUUUACAAGUCAUAUUCAGCUUUAAGUUAUCAUACAAUAAUGAAUAUACAUGUAUAGUUUUUAAUGUUCUUUUUCAUAACACUUGUAAAUUUCAGAAUUAUGCAUUGUGUUAACUAAUCUUUGUACAUACUGUUUUAUUAAUUUUUUUCUUUUAAAUUUCUGAUGAUUUUGAGCUUCCUGACAUUGAGGUAUACCCAACACCUUCAGAAAUUACAGAUGCCAAGGCUAACUCUCUUUCAAAGGAGGACAGAAUUGAGGAUUCACCAAUCAUAGACCUGGAGGUAAAAGAGUUCUUUGAUCUCAUGGAAAUGAAGAUAAAGAGAAGAAAGAUGGCAGAAGACACUGUCAUAGCAUUUCCCGAUAAGGAGAGAAAAGUUAUAACAAUAAUAUACGAAGACCAUGGGGGGAUGUCCUUUACAAGACCAUUCUGUAAAGAUGACACUCUGCAGAGUAUUUUCACAUACAUUUGUAAAGAAGUGGAGGCUGAAAUUCUGCCUCCAGUAUUUCAUCUGGAAUGCAUGGCGCCAUUAAAAUGCCCUACUGCAAACUGCAAACACUGUUGGGAGCUAGACGCUAGCCACAGUUUACUAAUUUCAUCACUUCCAGAUGCACUGAUUAUAAAGGAAGGGAACUUCUUAAUGGAUGACACCAUUACAAACUAUGGGAAUGUAUUACUUUGAAGUUACGAAUGCUCAUUGCCAUCCACUGUCUGUUGUUUUAUUCAAUUGACACCUUAUACUCCACUCAUCAUGCAGAUGGGUCAUAUUCUGUAGAUACAUUAAUGUUUGCAUUUUACUACAUGCAAUGAACUAUUGAACUGAUUGAACAAAAAAUAUUGACAUUUACAUGUAUUGUAUGACUAGCAAGAUUUGAAUUUACAUGUAUAUCUAUGUAUUCUUUUGUUCAUCAUUAAAUGCAUAUUGUUCCAAUUGCAUAUUUCAAUUAUACCAAUUAUCAAUUAAUACAGUAUGAUGUACAUUAAAAGAGUUGUACAUGUAUGUAAAAUGCAAUGCAAGUCAUUGAUAAAAUUUCUUCUUGCUAUU